CCUCACACACCCCUUCUUAACCUCCUGCACACACGCCACGUCUCAAGUAUCUUAUCGUCACCCCCUCGACCUCAUCAAACCUGCUUCCAACCUAUCGAUCAAACUUCCUUACUCAUUUCCAACAAUACAAUGGCGUCCCGUGUGUUUUCACCUAAGAUGGCAUCUAUUAUUGCCCAAACUUCUGCUAAAUCUGCUCGACCUGCGAUGCAAAUUGGCAUCAAGGCCAACCAGCGUGCGUUUUCUAUUGCUUCUUCAAGCCUUCGCACAGCCCCUUUCCAAGCUAUCAAGCGUCAGCAGGCUUCUAAAAUAAUCAGUAAUGCCUCUCUUAAAUUUGCUGGUCGCCAAACCACUCGAUCAUUUAACUCAGAAAUCGCUACUGCCAUGGUACAAGUCUCUCAGAACCUCGGAAUGGGCUCUGCUGCUAUAGGUCUUGGAGGUGCUGGUAUUGGCAUUGGGCUCGUUUUUUCUGCUCUCUUAACUGCAGUGGCUCGCAAUCCCAGCAUGCGUGGCCAGCUAUUCUCUUAUGCCAUUUUGGGUUUCGCCUUCGUUGAGGCUAUUGGGUUGUUCGAUCUUAUGGUUGCUAUGAUGUGCAAGUACGUGUAA